CCUCCUGCCAGUUGAGUCAUUUGUCACAUGCUUAACUGUAUCACCUCAUCCUCGAUUAGUAAUAAGUUGGAACUGGUUUCUGUUUGGCACUGUGUUUCCUUAAUAUGUCAAAGAGUGCCAACAGUCACGUGCAAGCCAAAGGAACAUGCUGACUGUCAGUAUGGAGACAUGGCUCCAGGUUUUAGAUGAGGGUUACUUGGUUGAAUAAUACAAUAGGAAGUUCAGACUAUUAUAGAAAUUAACUGUUGAUCUUGCAGGGGGGAGUUGCCUCUUUGUGCCUGCAGUCAUCCAUCGUGAUCUGUAAGAACACAUGGGAGUGGUGUUACGCAACCUUGAGCAAUUCUUUUAAUGUGAAAUGUAGACACUUACCAGGAAGGGGCCAUGGAGGAACACCUUUUUUAAAAACAUUCCAGCAUGACUUCAGACUUGAAGCAAAAAGAGGGAAGUUGUAAAGCAUGUCUCAUGACAAUGUCUAACGUAUUGUUUCCCGUGUGGCGGGGGAUUGGGGCCAAUAGUGGCGUCGGAGGCGGGUGGAGCCAAGGCUGGGGCCGCUGCUUGCGAUGGGAGCCAGACAGUCCAGGACAAAGGGUCCGGAUCCCGGUAUUUGACUACCCGGUCUGGUUAGUCCUCUGUCGUGGGGGACGAGCCAGGCUCAUUGAGGUUUGCCAGAGAGGGAGGGGUGCCAUCAGACUGCCCACAGACAUGCUCAGCAUCAAGCUUCCCCAGCUCUUUGACAUCCACCAGGUCCCCAAGGUGUUCAGGGAGGAUAGCAUCAUCUCUGGAUACCGACACCCGCGGAGCUCAGCGCUGGACUGCGUCCUCAGUAGCUUCCAGAUGAACAAUGAGACAAUCAACAUCUGGACCCACUUCCUGCCAACAUGGUACUUCCUGUGGCGCUUCUGUGUCCUCUGCACCACCCUGAACUUCCUGACCGACAGCUACACCUGGCCCCUGCUGGUGUACAUGCUGCUCAUCUGCAUUUACCCCUUCACCUCCAGCUGUGCGCACACCUUCAGCACCAUGUCCCCUGAGUCCCGCCACAUCUGCUACUUCUUUGACUACGGAGCGCUCAGCCUCUACAGUCUGGGUUGUGCUAUAAGCUAUGGAUACUAUGUCAUACCAGACAGCUGGGUGAACAGCUGGCUUCAUCAACAUUUUGUCCCCAUUGCCAUUGGAAACACACUGUUCUGUACCAGUCUGUCCUGCUAUUCCAGAUUCCUGGAGCUGCAGUUCCCACAGAGGAGUAAAGCUCUGAGGACAGGAGCGUUUGUCCUUCCCUUUAUAUUUGACACUGUUCCAUUGUUUUACAGGAUCCUUCUCUGCUGUGGGGGAAGCUGCAGCUCGAGCGAGGCCUUAUCCAGUCACUGUUACCACCUCCUCUUUGCCUUCCUCACCUGUUUCCUGUUUACCGCCCACCUCCCGGAGAGGUUGGCCCCAGGGCGCUUCGACUACUUUGGCCACAGCCACCAGCUCUUCCACGUGAGUGCCGUGGUGGGGACCCACUUCCAGAUGGAGGGCGUGUUGGCAGACAUGACGUCACGGAGGGCGUUGCUCGUGGCCCAUGGAGCUAUGCCCUCGCUCCUGGGGACCAUCGGGGUGCUGGUCGUCAGCCUCGUCCUCAACCUGGGCAUCAUCGGCAUUUUCAGCGCGCCGCUCCUAGGGAAACCCUGCCACAACUCCAGCCAGCUGCACACAACAACAUGCGAGUGCAAGGAGCAAUCCUUAACACCAGUCUGAGCAGUGUGUAUACGUGACCAGCAGAGGGCAGAACAGUACAAAAAAGAUCGUAUCCUUCAGGUUGAGCAGCUAAUUGCUUCUAUCUGCUGAUCAGCUUUUAUUCACAAUGAAAUGAGCUGCCGCUGCAGUGUCGCAGCAGUGUGUGAAUCCCCAAAGAUUUAUCUACAGGAAACCCAACUCUUUGGUGACAUCAGGUGUGUGCAGAAAUGAUCAGUCUAAUGAGAGAUUUAGUCACAUUUUCAGCCUCCAAACCAGAUUUUCUUUUUUAUUGAUAAUAACUGGUGUAAGAUUUCUCAACUUGUUUCAGGCAGCCUUGAAAUGUGGAU